CCUGCCUCGUCCCUCCGGCGCAGGUACACCUCCCGGUCGCGCUGCUACUCCGAGACUCCCUCGUCCUUCCUGCGCUGGCUGAGCCAGCAGACGCGCUGGUCCAAGUCCUACUUCCGCGAGUGGCUGUACAACGCGCUCUGGUGGCACCGCCACCACGCGUGGAUGACCUACGAGGCCGUGGUCUCGGGGCUCUUCCCCUUCUUCGUGGCGGCCACCGUGCUGCGGCUCUUCUACGCGGGCCGCCCGUGGGCGCUGCUGUGGGUGCUGCUGUGCGUGCAGGGCGUGGCGCUGGCCAAGGCGGCCUUCGCGGCCUGGCUGCGCGGCUGCGCGCGCAUGGUGCUGCUCUCGCUCUACGCGCCGCUCUACAUGGGCGGCCUCCUGCCCGCCAAGUUCCUGGCGCUGGCCACCAUGAACCAGAGCGGCUGGGGCACCUCUGGCCGGCGGACGCUGGCCGCCAACUACGUCCCCCUGCUGCCGCUGGCCGUCUGGGCUCUGCUGCUGCUGGGAGGCCUGGUCCGCAGCGUGGUGCGCGAGGCCCGGGCCGACUGGAGCGGCCCUGCCCGCGCCGCCGAGGCCCACCACCUGGCCGCCGGCGCUGGCGCCUACGUGGGGUACUGGGUGGUCAUGCUGGCGCUCUACUGGGUGGGCGUGCGGAGGCUCUGCCGGCGGCGGUCGGGUGGCUACCGGGUCCAGGUGUGAGUCCAGGUGUGCGGGCUGCUCGCCCGAGGGACUUCAGGGGAGGCGAGAGGAAACCCGCGGGGAGGGGGGGGGGGGGGGAACAGGAGCCACGCCCUUGCCGGGUGAUUCUCUGGGCCUCAGUUUCCCUCCUCUGUGAAGCGAGGGGGUGGACCCAAGAUUCUUCAACCUGGACUGUUUUGGGGCUGGGACUUCAGGGUCCCUGGGGAGGGGUAUUUAUUGAUCAGGGCGUGCAUUUUUAGGGGUGGGGGGACAAGGGUCCCCACAUGCUGUCCAGGGGCCUGCUUUCUCCCUGUUCUUAUUUAAUAUCCAUUUGUACUGUGUGAUUAGGAUAUAAUAAAGAAUUUUAUUUAUUUUC